CCUGCUUAUGAAUAUUGUCAUAUGUGCAUUUGCCAUUGCGUCAACGCUGCCCCUCUGGAAUGUGGCCCUUCUUUAUGCCCUUCCUUAUGCCUGGGUGCCCUCGAUCAAUCCGGAUCGACAGAGCGAUAGACACGCCGAUGAUGAUCUUACCCCUGGCUGGCUAUUGCCCACCACUUGCCUAAUCAAUAAUGCCUACAAUACCAACCGAGUCCGAAGUACAGUAUAGACUAUUCCAUAAUCCAUCAUCGCAUCAUCGCAUCAUCGCUUCCCUCUUCGCCUCUCCGCAUCGUAAUCAUCCAAUGCACCUCUUCUUCAGGGCCGGCCCAUCAAUGAGACACCUUGGCAAAUCUCCAUAUCCCCUCCAUCCCAUCUCAUCCCUACUCACAGUGUUAACUUCCCUUCCUCCAACUCCAAAGGUGGGUUUUCCAGGACUCUGCCAAGUCACCCGGCCGAUCUUCCCCCUGCACGAACCGCGCGGACGGGAACAGGGUCGGUCGGCUCAUCACACGCGUGUUCCCGCGCAGAAAACUCCCCGGGCGUUCAGGCACACACACACUCUCUCUCUCUCAUACAUGCUACGGAAUGUUCCUGUCCUUCCACUCGAAUCCUUGGCAGGUAAGAUACCUUCUACACAAGACAAAAAGGCACUGCAGCCACCCACACGGUGGCUUUCAUUCCCCCUUGUCUUAACCUUGAUUGAAGAGAGGGAGACACCCAGAUCAACUGUAACGAGAUCAAAAAGACUUUGUGAGAAUAUGUGUCCGCAUCCGAUGGCAUGCUUCGCUGUCAGUGCCGGUGACGUUUACCCCCAUGUCAAGGUCCAGAGACAUGACAUAGUCACAUAACUACCUGUACCGGUACUGAGUAACUAAACCGGGCAUAUCGUCAUGGGGUCUCACUUCGCCCAGAUCCCCCGGGUUUCCUUUCAGCUCCACUAUUUUUAGUGGCUGUUAACGUAUGUGUCUUUGCUUACUUGCAUACCCUCUUUGCUUUUUCUUUCUUAUUCUUUUCUUCCUGGGAGGUUUUUUCUGAUGUCAUUUUUUUGC